AAGCCCUUAAAUAAAGCAACACCUUUGGACCUUCAAAUCUUCUUUUGUUACCUGUACAGAAACCUAACAAAAUUUUGUAGUGUUUUCACCACCCAAAACAGAAAAGAGAACCAAAAAAAUGCCUUUGUCAUCUUCAAUUUCCUCAAAGUUAAAUGGAGCAAUUCGCAUUGCGUUUGCAAUCCUUUUUGUUACGUCGUUUUUUACCUUGGAUGCUGUCCAUGGCUUCUCAAAAUCAGCAAAACCAGGAGUGAUAGACUCUCCCCUCCUCACGCAGAAGAUUGGCGCCAACCGAUCCAUCAUGGUCGAUGUCAAUGGGAACGGAGACUUCAAAUCUAUUCAAGAUGCAAUCAAUUCUGUUCCGGAGGGAAAUUCUGGUUGGAUUAUCAUCCACGUAACGAAAGGGAUUUACAGGGAAAAGGUGUACAUACCAGAGAAUAAACCCUACAUAUUCAUGAGAGGGAAUGGAAAUAGUAAGACAUCCAUUGUUUGGUCCCAAAGUUCUCAUGACAACCUUGAGUCUGCCACUUUCAGGGUGGAAGCUCCACACUUUGUCGCUUUCGGUAUCCGAUUCAAGAAUGAUGCUCCAACUGGGGAGGCAUUCACUCCACAAAACCAGUCGGUAGCCGCGGUUGUUGCUGCAGAUAAGGCUGCAUUCUACCAUUGUUCAUUUUCAAGCACUCACAACACACUGUUUGAUUACAAAGGCAGGCAUUACUAUGAUAGCUGCUACAUCCAGGGCUCUGUCGACUGCAUAUUUGGUCGCGGCCAAUCCAUCUUCCAUAACUAUUACAUAUUUGUGAUUACAGAUAGAAGGUUGAAAAUCCAUGGGUCCAUAACAGCCCAUCAAAGGGGGAGUGCAAAAGAGAAGAGUGGAUUUGUGUUCAUCAAAGGGAGGGCCUUUGGCAUUUCAGAUGUUCACUUGGGUAAAGCAAAAGGUGCCUAUUCUAGAGUCAUUUUUGCUAAUUCCUACUUGUCUCAGGGCAUUGUUCCUCAAGGGUGGACUACUUCGGGCUACUCUGGCAGCACUGAGAACUUAUACCAAGCAGAGUAUGAUAACCAUGGACCAGGAUCCAAUACAACAAGCAGGGCUCCCUGGUCAAAACAGCUCAAUGAAAAAGAAGCUGCUCCUUACCUUUCUAUAGAUUUCAUCGAUGGCAAGGAAUGGCUUCCAGCAUGGCUUUGAAGCUUAUAAGCCUGGCGUUAGCGAUAACAAGGAGUUGCUGCAUUAGCGACCAUGUGAUCGUUUGAAGAUUUAGUUACUAUUGUUCAUACACAUAUAUGUAGUAGUGAUAUAAAGAUCGGGAUACUAUACUCACAAGAUAUGUGAUUUUUUUUUUUUUUUUUUUCCAGGAAAGGCAAGAAAACAACCACUGUUGUAUGAGUGAACUUAUGUUGUCCAACUUUACAAGAACUCCUGUAUGUAGGUUGAUAGCGAUUAGCGAAUGUGUAAUGUUCAAUAGUUUCUACUAUGUUGUGAUGGGCUCUUGCUAUGAUGCUCCUGAGUGGUUUGGGAGUAUCAACUAACAGAAAUAUUUUCAGCCACAGGCUUGGAUAAAUCCAAACACCUAUGUUCGCAGCAGUACGCUCUUUAUUUUUUCUACUAGUUAAAUGGAAGUGCAGGCAAGAUAUGCGUCAUGGAGCCAAAGGUAAGGUCCCAUCACGUGUGGGUGGUGUUAAAAGUAUGUUUGGUCCCAAUAAGGAGCUAUGGGAACCCAAAGCUGAGUAUUAUCCAACUAAGUCCGAGUUUCCACAACUGAACCAACCUCUCAUUAAUGUAGGUGCGUAGCACUACCCUUUCAGUGUUCUACUAAAAAUUUUGACUAUAAGUUAUUGCA